AUGCGUAUUGAAACUUGUUAUUUCUGCUCCUCCAGGAUAUAUCCUGGCCAUGGCAUUCAAUUUGUGAGAAAUGACUGCAAGAUUUUCAGAUUUUGCCGUUCAAAAUGCCAUGCUGCAUUCAAAAAGAAGAAGAACCCACGUAAAACCAAAUGGACCAAGGCAUACCGUAAGACUGCUGGAAAGGAAUUGGCUAUCGACCCAUCGUUCGAAUUUGAGAAGCGUCGUCACGUACCGUUGAAAUAUAACAGAGAAUUGUGGACUAAGACCAUUGAAGCCAUGAAGAAGGUCGAAGAAAUCAGGCAGAAGAGAUCAAAUAACUAUAUUAUGCAGAGAUUAAGGAAAGGACGCGAAGUAGAAUGGCAACGAGAUGUGAGAGAAGUCCAAAGAGAUAUAUCACUUAUCAGGUCGCCUGCCGCUGGUCUUAAACAAAAGCAAGCUGAAGAAAUGGAAGUUGAACCUGAAACAAUUGAAGUUGUCGAUGCUAAGGGAAGGAAACAAGUGAUAGAAGCACCUGUCAUGGUUCCUGCUGUUGGGGAAAUGAUUGAAGACUUAGGCAAUGUUGAAUUA